AUGACGGGCUACCUAAGUAAAAAAUAUUAUGCUCAAAUAAAAAACAGUACAAGUCAAACAGGGGGUGGCCCAUUAAUUUUAAAAAUUGACCCUGUACUGGAACAGGUUUGUGCUAUACUUGGGCGAGGGUGCACAGGUGUGUUGGGAGUUCCAGACUGUGAUGCUGAAUCUGGACAAGAACAGACACUUCCUAAAAUCAUUUGUACCCAAAAUGAGCAUUUUGAACCUGCAGUCGAAGUACCAAAAGUGCAAACAAUUGUCGAACCAAAAUUGCUUGAGACACGAGAAGAAACUUUUUGUAAGAGCCAGCCGAAUAUUAUAGAGGGCAUCAUCAAUAUUGAUGAAAACUUAACUGUAGAACCUAAGGGUGAUGGUGCCCAAGAAAAGCAGAUUUUAAUAAAUAGAACUCCACUGUGGUCACGAAGGCGGCCUCAGAUACAAAAUAAUAAUGAACGUAGCGAGGCAACUGCUACAGUUUCCUAUAGCAUUCAAAAUGUGUAUAAGAAAAGGGAAACUGUGGAGGACCUUAAGGAACAAUUAUUAAGGGAGGAAUUAGAAUUUAAGAAAAAAUUGUACCAGUUACAAAUAGAAGCAGCGACAAGGGAGGUGGAAAUUAAAACUGCGAUUUUGGAACAAAUUAGAGGUGGAGGUUUCUCUUUGAAUAAUUUAUUUGGAAAUAGUUCGGCAUCAUCUCCUCCUAUAAUUAAGUACAGAUAA